UCGACCGCGGCCUUUGCAUCAAACGGUAUAUAAACUGACUACUCCCCACGAAACUCGGUAUCGCCGGGAAGACGACGUCGCGCCACGCGAGGGACUCCGACAUAGUCAGGGUGGUCUUCGAGCCCUCUUCGCAGGCUUCGAGGCCCGGAGGACUCCCCAACUCCAUACGAGUGCUUUCUCCUCGAGUUCCCUCAAUUUUUUUCCAAGCAUACAUUUUCGUACACAAUUCCUGAAAAAAAAAGGCCUCUGCAACGCACGGUACGUAAUUCACUCCUAAUACGACCGACCCGAAGAAUACAGAGUAGGGUGAUUUUUUCAACCUGAAUUAAUUCCGUGGAUUGUGGAUGGUUCGACGAUAUCCGAAUAUCUGAAAAAUUCAGAAGAGAGACGAGUGGUUUCAUCGAGUGACAGAAGAAAUGAUAACGCUGGUCAAGGGCUCGAAGGUAAAGGGAGCGCCCGAGAACUUGUAAGGGAUGCUGUGAUCGAUAUCGCUUAUUUAUUUCAUAGAGGAUUAUUUUUAUCUGAACGUUGUUGAACGGUAUUGGAAAGUAUUAUCGAAGACGUAAUAGAUUGAGAAGAAUUAUUGACCUUAAAAAUUCAUUUCCUCGCGUUCUACCCUGACGGAUAAAAUUUGUCAGAGGAAAGCCAAACGUACGUGCGUCCGAAGUGAAACAUUAGCGAUAUUAUAUCGCCCUUCUGUUUAACCAAAGUAUCACGGAAGAAGUAAAACAUCUUUAAAAAUGGAUCUUCGUAUUACACAAAAAGACUGCAUAUUAUGUGGACAAAUUUAAAAAGAUUCGAUGAUCCGUCCUAUUCAUUUUUAUUUCAUGAAAAUAUAAUCAGUUUGAACUGGUAAAUAUUAAUAUAUAUCGGACUACCAUACAAGUGGAAAGCAAGAAAGGAUAUUGGGACGCAGGAAAUAUUCGAGUUUAUCCGAAGAAGUCGACAUUGCUUAACAGAAUGGUUGGCUUAAGCGUAAAUCAUUUUGUCCUUGUCCUGUGCAUAUUUUUGAAGCUGCGAGAUUCUGGAUCGAUCCCACAAGGGUCUACGACCUACGAAGACAUGUCCUUCUGGCUGAAAUCGGGCCAAGAAAAUCUGCAAAGGGUACUCUCAAUUCGGAAGAACGAGAAUCAAGCGAAGAACAUCAUCAUUUUUAUUGGGGAUGGAAUGGGGAUGUCAACCAUAACCGCUGGGCGCAUAUUUAAGGGCCAAACAAGAGGAAAUUCCGGAGAGGAGUACAAGUUGGAAUUCGAGAAAUUCCCCAGCACUGGAAUUUCGAAGACAUAUAACGUCGACAAGCAAGUGCCAGAUUCUGCGGGAACGGCGACCGCUAUAUUUUCCGGGGUAAAAUGUCGAUAUCGAGUUAUCGGCUUCGAUGGGAAAGCACCUUACAACCGAUGCGACAGUUCCAUCAAUCAGGCGAGCAAGAUAUCGACGAUCGCUGAUUGGGCCCAGGAGACCGGAAAAGACACGGGUUUCGUAACGACGACUCGCAUCACGCAUGCAACCCCGGCUGCACUGUACGCACACGCCAAUAAUAGAGACUGGGAAUGUGACACUGCGAUUCCCAAAGAGUACAGGAGUUGUACGAAGGACAUCGGCAGGCAACUCGUCGAAGACGCUCCUGGCAUCGACUUCAAGGUGAUCAUGGGAGGUGGAGCUCAAAAUAUGGGUCUGCCAAUGCAGCCCAUCGAUCCCGAAACGUGCACUAGGGGAGACGGCUUAAACCUUGCGGACGUUUGGUUAAAAAAUAAUCCAGAUGGCCAGCUCGUCACCUCGACUGGAGAACUGAUGACCAUCGAUAUUGGAAACACGUCGAAAAUCCUCGGAAUUUUUGCACCGAGUCAUCUGCCGUAUUCCGCCGUCAGGGACAGGUCUUACGAUGGUACUCCGAGUUUGGCGAACAUGACGAUGCAAGCUAUAAGGAUGCUCAGGAAAAAUAAAAACGGAUUCUUCCUAAUGGUGGAAAGUGGGAAGAUAGAUUUGGCGCACCACCACAACUACGCGAAAUUGGCACUUCGCGAAGUGUCCGAGUUGGAAGACGCGGUGCGAGUAGCACUUAAGCAAGUCAAGCUCGACGAUACGCUAAUAAUUGUAACAGCUGACCACUCGCAUUCGUUCACGAUGAACGGUUAUCCCCGACGAGGAAACGACAUUUUGGGAUUUGGAAAUAACCCGGACACGCCGGAAAUCAAGCCGUACGAAACUCUGUCCUAUGCGAACGGUCCUGGGUACUUUUAUCAUCGCAUAAACGACAGUGCGAAUGUCAACGAGACUUGGCGACCGGUCGAAAAGGAUCCCAACCGAGAGGAUCCAUUCCACAUGCAUCUGGCCAGUUUUUACAUGAAGGACGAGACUCACGGCGGGGAAGACGUUGCGGUUUAUGCCGCUGGACCCUACUCUCACCUGUUCCGAGGGACCUUCGAGCAGAAUUACAUAGCUCAUGUAAUGGCGUAUGCAGCCUGCAUGAAAAACUGGCCGUCGCACUGCGAUAAGGCCUACAAUCGGUACUUUUAUGAGUUUGCCGAUUCAGGAGGUCUUGCCGUUUCUUCAUGGUUAAAUAUCGUUGUGCUUCUUUUUACGCUUGCUCUUAUUGGGCCUUGACGAGUGACCUCAGGACCGGCGCAUGAUAGUUCAAUUGAUACGAAGCUCCAGCAUUGCUGCCUGGAUCGAAGGAAAAUCCUUCGACGUUGUUUCGUUUUUCUAUUACGUGAAUAGGAUAAGAACGCCGCGCGAGAAUGAUCGAGCAUUUGGAAUCGAUCGAGCGAUACGAGAGACUUAGGAAGUCUUUUACAUGUUUUACACGUAGCGUUACACAUAGAGUAUUUAUUAGCUAGGUGCGAACGCAUUUUUCCAGGUGCAAGUUCCGAGUAUGAAUUAUUGCUCCAAGUCGGAAGUAGAUGUGCAAAGCACGCGACGAAGGAGUGUCGUGAAAUACGGAUCCUUAAAAGCAAUGUUUCAGUCGCUAAAGUAGGGUAAUGGAAAUGAGCCAUUCAUUUUCAAAUUUAUUUAUACGUCGAGAUGUAGAUUUGUUAUCGUUGAAUAGUGCCAAAUCGAUUCCGAUAAGAGAGAGACUGUCUACUCCGUCUUCGUUCGGAUUACUUUUCAGUUUGGCUCUGUUCGAGUACUUUCAGUAUUUAGUAUGUAAGAUGUUAUUGCGAGUGCUAUUCUUUUUCCUAUUGUCAAGGUUCAAGGUACAAUCCGAGUACAAUUUUCCUACUUGUCUACAUUCCGUGGACGUCACAAAAACGGAAAGCAAGAGUGAUACCUGAACUUUUUAUUGUUAAUACAAUCCUCAGCGAAAUGAAAUUUCGGUACAACGAAUAAAUAAAUGACAGAUGAAAUAUUGGA